UCCACAUCCUCCAGUUCAGUAUCACCAGGAUGACUCGGGCUGCUGCUGUGCACGGCCUUGCUUCGCGACGGGCGAUCUCCAAAAACGAGAUACGAUCUCACCCCAUGCCCUGGCUGCUACGUCUAGCUGUACGAUAGGCUCUCAGUCGUACAAUGCCGUCAAUGGCGCGGCUGCUACGUCUAGCUGCCGACUGUACCGGCGGCAUUCGCUGUGUCUUUUCGCUGGCACACGACACCUAACCUUGCACCUCCAUGGUGCCCGCAACACGAUCAUGGUGUUCGAUCCGUCCACCUCCUGUGGUCAAGAAAACAGCACUGAUGGUGAUAUUCAUAGGUACAGGACAACAGGUUUCACUUUUACUUUCAGUUUCCUAUGAACUCUCUUGGCUGAAAUUGUCUUUGCCCCUCGCUCUCGGGUCCAACACAUAAUCAGUCUAUCCUCUGAUCGGUCUGAAGUGUUCACGGGCGAUAUUCGGUAACACCUCCACGCAUCGCGCUGCGGUGAGAACACCUAAUUCUCCUGGUGGCUGUGACGGAUUUACGACAAUGGUGUUCAUGACAUCGAGGACGAUGAGAUCCGUGGCUGUGAUUUUCAUCUCGUCGUGGAUGCCGUGUAGUUUGGCCGUGAUCGGCUCCAUGCCGGGCUUUGACCGAGUGGAGCAGGCACAGGGAUCUACCGUUAGUGCCGUUGGAAAUCCACACAGCAAUGCGUCCUGCAUGGCCAAAUGGCUGCAGGUGUUCGACCCGCGCGUGUCGCAGGGUCGCAUCCAGGACAUCGAGCAGUUCCUGGCCACGUACAUGGGCGAAACGGUGGACGAGAUGCACGCCAGCACCACGAAUCUAGGUACAAUCGCACUGAUCCUGGGAGGCGACAACAGGGCACAGCUGUUUCUACAGUGCAUUCAGAAAAGACUGCCUCGUUGUGCCCAGAACGCACCCUGCCAUUACGAUGGGCAAUGCGUUCACAAGCCCAACGGUGUCGGAACGUAUCGCUGCAGCUGUCAGGAAGGCUACAGUGGCACGUUUUGCGAAAAACCUCAGGGAUGUGCUGGUAAUCCUUGCCUGAACGGAGCUACUUGCAUCCAGAAGACAAUAGCGGAGUAUGUCUGUGUGUGCCCAUCAUUCUACGAGGGAGCUCACUGCGAAACACAGUGGUUCAGCCAUGCUGUACUGGAUCGCCUGUGGAAGGGUAUCAGAGAGCUGACUGCCUCGCUGCGCCAGCAGUCGCAGGUCCACGAGAGCUCUCGCGGUGCCCUGGUCCGCAUCAACGGCGACGUGAAUAGUCUGCGUGGAAGCCUCGUGUCCAAGGUCGAGAACGUGCAGAAAGAGUUUCGAGAGACCAAGGAUGGUCUACUUUACAGGAUUUCGGGUCUGGCCAGCUCUCAACGUGUGCUAGAGUACGUCAAUCGCCUGCAGAACAAGGUGGAUGGAUUUCAAGGCUGUUACAGGAUCGACCAUAGUCGUGGCGUGGGCUCAUCUCGUGUCUACACGGUGCGUAGCAAGCCACUGUUCGAUGCCUACUGCGACAUGGCCACAAGUGACGGCGGCGGCUGGACGGUGAUUCAGAGACGCAAGGGCGGCGCGCUUAACUUCAGUCGCUCCUGGGAAGAGUACAAACAUGGCUUCGGCGAGCUGCUGGGAGAUUUCUGGCUGGGCAACGAUAAGAUCCAUCGGCUGACGACCGGACAGGAGGUUGACCUUCGCAUGGAGGUACACGGCCAGCUGGAGCACAAGGGCAGCGUGGAAAAACAUCACCUGACCUUUUCGGGCUUCCGCAUGGCUGGCGAAGAGGACAACUAUCGCCUGCACAUCGGCCCAUACCUGACGGGCACCAUCCGGCACAGCGGCAUCGACGCUCUGAUGGCGUACCACAACAACUCCCAGUUCAGCACGUACGAUCGUGAUCACGACCUCAGCAGCAAGAACUGCGCCGCCGUGUUCCGCGGCGGCUGGUGGUACAACGCCUGCAAGCGCUUCGACCUGAACGAGGAGAACAUCAACGUGAAAUUGCUGACGUUGUACGCGCAUCGCAAAGAUUACAAUCAGUUCGAUCACGCCGUGGGCGAUGUCGUGUUCGCCGAGAUGAAAAUACGACCGCAGCAGAAAUGAUCAUCAUGCGCACGUACCGGAGUACAACGUUCAUGCGUUGUCUUCCGGGAGGACAUAGCCUGGCAGUAUUGGAUAACACGUAUACCUGGACAUUGCCUUUCCAGGCUUGGACGAUUGCACUCGUGAUUGGAGCUUACUCGAACCGAAAAUAAUGGUAGCACCAUCCAUUCCAUGCCAAACGUGGCAUCUUCGUUAGAAGCACAACCACCCACAAACUGUUUGAUCUGCAACUUCAAAUAACCCAACUCAAUACCAUAGCCAAUAAGCUAAUCCAAACAGUUCAAUACAUUAUUAUAUGCAUGGGUAAUUGUAGGUAUUGUGCCCAUUUCAUAUUGCCUUCUAAUCAUAUUAUUAUAUUCAGUAGUUCUACAACUGACGAAAACGGCAGCAUACAUUUCUACCGCCCACUCCACAACAGUGAACCUACAGUAAAACUUAAUAAAAAAGGACGAAUGAGCUACAAGUUAAAAGCUAUACCGUCCACUAACACCACCAGUUACUAAACAAUCAGCUCAUGCAAUAACAGUGUCGUGCAAUGGUAUCGCAUGAGCUGAUUCAGCCUGAUUGUUUAGUAACUGG